UAUCAACUAUGUUAGUGACGAUUCUGCCAUUUUUUCUAGUUGCAAAUGUUACUGUCGAUCGGCAGUACGAACAAACAAAAUGGGCGAGUCCGGAAUGCACGUACGACGUUCUUGUGAACACAUCUCUGGCCAACAUUGUUCAGGAAAAUGAUAAUUUCUGCGCUAUGAUUGCCACAGAGCUUAAAUGUCGUCCUAAGGGAGACGACAGUCUCAGCUGUCACUUCCAGAACUCUUUAAUCAAACGUCCCGAUCCAAAAGACAAUAGAUGCUCGAACGCGAAAGAUUUUGUGCCCACGAGAUAUAAAUUCGUGGGCGAUGAACCCUUCGAAAUCAGAUUCAAUUCGAAGGGUAUUGAAAAUCUGGUGGUACACAGAUCGAUUCCUAGAUGGAGGCUCGACAUGAUCAAGAGUAUAGUCAGUCAAUUGAAUGUUGGUUUCGAGAUACAGGAACGUCGUGAUAGAUUUACAAUUAUGGAAAAUUCGACAGUGGGUCACUGCGAAGUUGACGUUAAAAUCAUUCGUAAAGAUCCGGAUUCCCAGGAAAAUGACGAUGACUCUAUUGAGGAGAGUGAAAAAUUCGAAAUCGGAUUCAUGCCAUCGAACGUAGAACUCGAGAAUCCUUUAGUUAUAGAAAGACUCCAGGUGGAAAAAAUCAGACAGCCGAAAAGAUGCCCACGAAGAACAAUAUACUUCUUUGGAAAUGAUGAGGAUUAUAGUCGCGGUGACAAGCAACUCUACAUGGAUAUGACCACUUCCACCAGUCGUAUAACUAUCUCAAAAGAUAAAUUUGUAUCUUAUACAAUAUCGGAGGGUAUAAUGAAAACAGCAAAUAAAUCACGGAUUAUGCGUCCUUAUCAAAAGAUAAGCCUAAAAUUGAAGCGAAUAGAUCUCAUUGAAACUUUGAAAAUUUCACUGCCAGAGAUCCAAAAUCCAGCCUCGACAAGUCUAUUUGCUUUUUCAAAUUUGCAAACUGUUCCGGAAGAUGAAUAAUUUGAAAUAUUUGUCGUGCCCCAUGUUGAAGAAAACAGUUUCCAGGAAACUGUUUCACAGAUGACUAUGUACGAAAGUUAGUUACAAAUAAUAUAUAUAUUCAAUAAUCUAUUAAUAUUCAAUAUUUUGUAAUUCAAUAUUUUGGAAUUUCUGUUUGUAAAAUUUAACAUUAUUUAACAUUAUUAAAAUAUAUGUGUAUGUAUAUGAUGAUUUGAAGUAAAA